AUGCCCGGCUUACAUCUGGACGGCAAGGUUCCAGCAGAGGCCGUAGCAUCAAUCAGCAAGCAUGUGGCAAGCAUAUUGUCUCGCGGGAAUGAUCCCCGGCUGAAGACAGCUAUCAUGCAGCCCGCAAACACGGGAGACCACGUAGUCCGGGCGCGUGUACAGGUUCUAAUGGAGGCUGCAUACAAGCAACAACGCGAACUUAUCGAAAAGGAAACCGGGGAGCAGCAAGAGCGUGCUGGCAUGUUGCAUCGAGCUGUGACUGGCCCGCGGGCGCUGAAAGGCAAUUCCGCAGAGGCUUACGACAAGUUUUACAAACUGGUUCUAGAGGCUGUGCGCGCGGCGCUGGAGUCCGUGUUUCCGGUGUCGGCUGUGGCGCGUUUUCUCACGCUGACGGAGGAAGAGCGCCUUGCCCAGCUGUCAGAGCUGGCGCGCAUCACCACCGGCAUCUGCUUGUACAACCGGUCACUGGGACAGGGCGGCACUGCACUGCCGGCGGCGGCAGCGUCGUACCUGCCGCAGGCGCAACGCCUGCUACGGGACCUGAACAGGUGCCGGACCGAGGUAACGGAACAGAUGGCCAAACUGCAUGCGAUGGUGGCCAAGCUGCCGCCGCCUCCCGCAGACGGCGACGGGCCUGCAGCCGCUGCUGUUACAUCGGCGGCGACUGCGGGUGGUGAGGAGGAGCUGCGGCGCGCGCUGCUUCACGCGGAGGUUCUCAAUCGCGGCCAGGCCCUGCAGCUGUACGAGUCGCUGCAUGCGUAUAUCCCGGGGCAUAGCGGGACGUUUCAUGGAGCAAGUCCUUGGGCGACAAUCAUCGAGCGCAUUGUCGACGGCGCCAUCCAUGUGACCCACGGGUCGCUCGCGCCCUCACUUCACCACACCAUAACCAUCCUACGUUCUCCAUCUCAUCCUCUGGGUAACACGGUUAACACAUCCGGCGAUGCUCCGGAUGACGCGUCCGACGGCCUAUACACUUUACACAACUGUGUGUGUCUUCUUGACGCGGUCGGGGCCGACCUGCAGGAGGGUCUUGAGGCAGCUCAGCUGCUUGAUGCGGAGCUGGAACACACACUCGUGCAGGUGCACGAGUCGGUUGGGCAAUCGGCAGCGGUGAGCAAGGACACCGUGUAUCCUCUCUUCGACAGGCUCGGCGCGUUGCACACCGGCCUGCAUCAGGAGCUGCGCAUGCUUGUGGUACGACAACGGCUGUACGACGAACUUUCGGAGCUUUCGGUUUUGCCAGCUAAGAGUCUGUUGCUCCCGGCUCAGGCGCCCCCUCGUAAGCCCGGGGUAUCGACCAGCACUCAGACGUCAUCCUCCUCCAACGCGGCAGCGGUUGACGCUUUAUCGGAGCAGCUCAAUGAAACCACACUCGCGGGCCUAGAUGCGCUUCAAGGCGGCACCGAAGGUGGCAGCAGUGGCGAGCUGGAGUACAUUCGCCCCACCUCUCACACGCAGCUCCAGCCAGGCCUUGCGCUGGCGGGGUUUUGCGCUGGCACACUGGCGAGACGACCCACGGGUCGGUACCCGCUCCUGCGGCGGUCCAAUCCGCGUCUGGGCUAUCUGGCCUACCAGGACAAGGUGUACGGCUUUGCGACCAACGCCGACAUGCAGGCCUUCCUGGCCGACCCCGCCGGCUGCCUGGCGGCAGUGGACGCAGCGGUGCGCAAGGAGCCGCUGCUGGCUAGGCCGCUGGGGCUUCCACCCCCCAGACCCUCCGCAGACGUGCAUGCGGUGCUGCAGGCCAUGUCCGGCACACUCAAGGUUGACUUUGGCUGCCAGACUCCCGUACACUUUGUGGAGCGAUACAUCGACAAGGAUUACGAAUGGAACGUGUGGGCGCUGCGGCGACGCGCACUGGCACUGGCCAACCUGCGCGGCAAGGCCACACACAGCACGCAAACCGCGGAGAGCCACUUCAAGCGCGAAAACGAGACGCAGGUUUGGCGGCCGCGCGAGGCCACCGUACAAACCAAGGUGGCCAAGGGACAGAGCAUGCCACCCUGCGUUAACGGAGGCAUGGCGAAUGAAAACGAGCAAGGCGCGACUAUGGGUUUGGAGGUUCCCCGCUUCCUAACAGGCGACGGUCAUGAACGCGCCUCCACCGUCGCCUCCUUCUUAUUCACCUUCGCCUGCGCCUUCACCGCCUCCCGGGCCAUCGCCACCACCUGGGGUGUACGGCCCCGGAGCCACCAUCGCCGUACCCGCCCACGUAUUCGUCGUACCCACCGCCGCCCCCUGGUGUCAACCGACUGCCUCCCACCCACCGGCCCUGAGACAGCGGCCACUUCGGGCACGGGCAUCUUGAAGAUUCGCGCGGCGUUCCCAAACGCCAACGAGUCGUGGAGCUAUGUUUGCGGUGACCCAUGGGCCGGUUGGGACGCCAAUGCCGCUAAUGCGGCGUGUCGUCAAGCGGGUUACCCUAGCGGCGGUGACCCGCUGCGCAUCUGGCGGAGCGGCUCCGAAACCACCCUAAGUGAAUGCGACGUUACCGGCGCUCCCGAACAAACGAUUCAGUACUGGCAGCUUGGCGUCAGCGGCGAGGACGCGGCAGGUGCCUGCGAGAUGUUGGCUGCCGUACACUGCCGUACCGGUGUGGCAUCCUCGGCGCAGGUACUGCUCCGCGCUGCCAGCAGUCCGUCGCCGUCGGGCGCCAACGUCACGGGAAAUUACACCGGUACGGCAAUCCGGCUCGAGGCCUCUGUCGGCAAUGGCGAGUACGGCGCGGUAUGUCUGGAUGACGGCUUUGACGACCCGGCGGCGCUGGUUGCGUGCCGUUCCCUGGGUUUCAGUACUGGUGUCGUAUAUCCAAACGGUGCGCCCAAGGGCACGGUGGGCUCCGCCGCUCGUGGGGUCGAUGUGCAGGGCAGCUAUUUGGCCACGGUGUCGAGUGUACGGUGCGGCGGCGCCGAAGCCAACAUGACGUCAUGUGCUUCCUGGCGUACGAAUGUGCUGGCGGCGGCCAUCCCUUGCCGCGCGGCUGCCUGGGUGCUCUGCAACAAGUAA